AUGUUAAAAUGCGUUUAAAAAGCUGUCAUCUGGCAAGUACUCUUUAUCAGUCACCAGCAUAACCUUGUAAAAACGAGAGGGGACCAUUUUUAAUAAAUUUUCGAGAACUAACAGGAUGCUUUAGGAAUCGUAUGUAUUAAAUAUCAAGAAACCAUCGAGGGGAGUGGAAAUGAAGGUGCAGUUAGGAUGAAUGGAUAAACAAGGAUCGAAAUAGGUACCAGUGAGAAUCCUCUGUCACCAAUCUUAAAAAGGAUUCAAGGAGUUACAUUGUUAAUACAUAAUCAAAUCUCUACAUAAAAAUAGCAAAAGAAGAUUAUAAAUAACGCUAAAAUUUAAGCUAUUCAAAGACAGUUCGCUUUGUACUCUCUUUCACUUUUCGAAGUGUUAAGCCAGUUUAACUGGUUGCGGGAAGAGAACCUAUUCGGGAUUCUUGCCCCGUUCAUAAAAAAAUGA